GCCCUGGUUUUUUUGCGUGCUCGCAGGUGGUUCUGCAUUUGCUGAGAAGUUGUGUAAAGUGGUUUGAAGCAUUAUGCAAUCGUCAGCAAACAUCCCCAUUUCUGAGUUGCGCUUUUGUGGCUGACCCAGGGUCACGUUGGUUCAGGAGAAAACUACAAGGUAACCCCGGACUGAGUUGGACUUUCUCUGUCUAAGAUCCUAGGUUGUGUUGGAUGACCCCGGACUGCACUCGCUGACAGUUCCGAGAACCUCUUUCUGCCGGUUUGCCCUGCACCGAGCUGGGCGGUGUUGCUGGAAGGUACAGAGGGAACUUGAUUUUAUUUCCCGGAGACGCUGGCUUGCGCUUGGACGGCGCUGGGUUGUGCUGGGUGACUCUUGAGUUCAACUAGCUGGGCGACCGUGAGCUGUGCUGCGUUUCAAAAUCCCCUUUGAUGCGGGUCCCUUUAAAUGGCGUAACGGUCGGUACCACCCCAGACUGAGUCAUUUGACGUUUGGUUUCCGAGCAGCAAAAAAAAAGUGAACAGUUCCGCGCUUUGAGGGCUCUAGGGUCCAGCUCCUUGGCGCCCGAUGCGAUUCUCUCAGCCCGCCACUCUUCGGCCACGGAGUAAGAUGACCUUCCUACGCCUUCUGUACCUGUUGCUUACCGUUCUGGCGAGGAGCGCGGCUCACCAGGACUAUCCCACCAUAAAGAAAAGCCUGUCAGACUGCUCGAAUCAAACCAUAGAGUACUUUUCGAAGCAACAUCAGGUGUGCUGCAGCAAAUGUCGACCAGGAACGCAUCAGAUCCAGGCCUGCUCCCGCGAUGUGGACACACAGUGCAGGCCGUGUGGGACAAGCCAGUACACAGCAUACUGGAACACACUGAAGAAGUGCAAGGGAUGUGAAGCUCUGUGCGGUGAAGACCAGGAAGAGGUUCAAGCCUGCACAUCGACGUCCAUGAGGGUGUGUCAAUGUCGCAGCGGCUUCCACUGCAUCGAUCCCUCUGGCAAAACAUGUAACCAGUGCUGGAAACAUACGGAAUGCAAGGAGGGUCAUGGUGUCAUUGAGAAAGGAACUGGAGAUAGUGAUGUGAAAUGUGGGCCAUGUGCUCCUGGAACGUUCUCGGAUAAAGUCUCUUCCACUGACCCAUGCAGACCCCACACUGUGUGUGCAGAGGAGGGGAGAAAGACUUUACGGGAAGGAAGCAGUGUAGAAGACACAGAAUGCAGCAGGGAAUUAUUUCCGGUUCUCCCCGUUCCAAAAUCUACGAUCCAGCCUUCUAGUCCGGCACAGGUCACAUAUCAGACAAAGAAGGAAGAACCAACUGCGACUGUUUUUGAAAUCAGCCAGAAGGAAACAUCUCUUCCUCGUCCCUGGGUGGCAGUAAUAUGUGUCGCAACUUUUGUCCUGCUUGCCGUGGCAGUUGUGAUAACAGUCUGUGUCAUUUGCAAGAGGAAAGGAAGGAGGCCUGAACCAAAGACCGAAGUGGCUGACAAGAAUGUGUGUCAAGUGGAGACGAUCUGUUUAAUUGCCGGCAAUGAAAGUAAUCUGGUGGGAGUGGUCUCCGGGGACAGGAACGGUGGGCAGAACGGUGGACCUGUGCCGCUGGACGGCCAGCCCCCUUCCUUAUCGCGGUCCGUCAGCAAAGAGUCGCGAGGCGUCAGGAGGAAGCCGGACACGGAGAAUGGCCCGAAGGAGGAGAACCAGUUGCAGAGCCACUUUGCGCCCUUGAACAGUUACGCGCAGAUGGAUUGUCAGGAGGACCAGGGGUACAUCAGCCGGGAGUCGCGACCCAGCUCAGGAUCCCCUUCACCUGUGAUAGAGUUCAGCGGCAAUCCGACCGUGAGCGUGACAAUAAACACCAGCAAGUGCUUUGUCAACUGCUACCACCGCCCGGAAGACCGAGCUGCCGACCCAGGUACAAACGAGGACCAGUAUCGGGCUCCUGAGGCAGAGGAGGGAACUGAAGUAGACGAGGGGUUUCCGGUUCAGGAGGAACAAAGGGAUUCAGACUCGGAGACAUGGAAAGAGGAUGGCGGCUCGGUGCAGAAGGAUCGCUGGUGGUAUAAUCCAGUGCCGCACCAGGAGAACGGGAAAGAGUCGCACCUCCCAGUCCAGGACACUUCUGGGAAAGUUUACUGAGUGAGGAACGGAGGUCACAGGAUGGCCCGUGUCCUCAUACUGAAGGCAGCUUGUGCCCUGGAGGGCUUGUGAUUGAGGCUCCUGCUUAAUCGAAUGAUGUUCAACUCUCCUGUGAAACUGUUGAAAUGUCACCCAUUUGUCCAUGAGCCAAGUGAUGGGUUUUGGAGAAUUCCUGGGGAUCUCCAGUUCAGACCUCAAUACCUCACUGAAGCAUGCAGUAGUUUUUAUGGUAAUGGCAAUCCGGUCCAGAUUCCAUGGGCUGUUAUUGAGUUCAUUCAACGCUGAGUGUCUCUAGGUGCUGAGUCGUUUCACAACAUUACCAGGCAAGUCAGGUAACUCAACUCCAUCCAGUGUGACCUUUCCUAUAUUGCAAUAUGUAACACUAGCUUCCCCACGCGAAACCUCAGGAGGCUACAAAUCGAGGGGAAAUUCCUUUCUCAUUGCUCCUGCUUGUUGUCAGUUGAGGAAGAACAAGCCUGAGUUUCCUGGAAUACCUACCUCCCUCAAUGUUCCCCACACUGGCUUGCUCGUGCAUUGGUAUUCACAGCCAAGUCAUCAGACUGUUCCAGUGCUGCUCUGUUCCCCAAAGAAAAGGUUGUAUAUCAUUUAAAGAUCCAAUAUAAAUCUGACCCUGGACAGCUUAAGACCCCUAUUCUUCUCAAUUCUCCAAUCAACUAACUUAAGUGAAGUAGGCCUCUGUGUCUUGGAGAUUGAAAUAAUGGGGUGAUCUGAUUGAAAUACACAGGGCAGAUAUUGAAAGAUGGUUUCCCCUGGCUGGAGAGCCUGAAAUAGUACUCAGGACAAGGAGCAGGUGUUUAAAACAGAUGAAGAGAAAUUUCUUCACUUUGAAAUGUUCUAGUUCAGAGGAUUGAGAACAUUCAUUUGGUAGAAAGAUGUAUUUCUGGAUUUUAAUGGAGUCAAAGAAUAUAGGGAAAAAACGGGUAGACUUGAGGUAGGUUAAGGGUUUACGUGCCCUUUUGCUGAUUAAGGCAGUCCACUCCUUCAUUGCUCCAUCACUUUUCUCAGACCACCCUGAGGUCCUUUCUCCAAACUGCAGAGUCUCAACUCUGUCAUACCUUAAUCAUUCUAUCCCGUUCCCUCAGAGCUGCUUCUUGUGAUGUUCUGACAUUCAGCUAAAGUGUGGGAGUGCAUUUCAUGUGAGAUCUGUGUUCGGGUGUGUUUGGAAUGGAAGUUAAUGAGCUUCUGAUGGUUUUUAUUUUACUCCACCCUCCCAAAACUAAUAUAACGUCACCUUAGAGUGGCUUCUACUGGUUUCCCAAAAUGCACAUUGGAUUGAAAAAAAGCUAUGUAAAUAUGAAUGUUUAGAUCUAUAUUAAUGUUUAUUAUUCAAAAUUAUUAACAAAUAGUGAAAACAGCAACACCUUUUCACUUCUCCUUGCCAUGUGGCCCAAUGUCUCUCUGCUCUUUCAUACUCUCCCUGUUGUUCUGCUUUACUUCCCAUUCAUUUUCCCAACUAUUUAUUCAAUUUUGAUCUUUUUCUUCCCCUUUCUCUCUACUCACCUUCCCCUCUCUGCCACCCCUCUUCCAAUUUCACCAUACCCUGCUCCCUCUGUAGCCCUCUAAUUUUUUUCUUAAAUUCAGAUGGAAGACUGCCAAACAUACGAGGGAGGGUGGCACAUGGUUGAUAUGAUUCCUUGUAAGUAAUCUUUUAUAUGUAUAGCAGAACUGAUAAUAAACACUUCUGUAUUUUUCUUGUGUGUUUUCUGUAAAUAAUGUGUUGAAACAGUCGUUUUUUUUUCAUCCAACCUGUUCGGCAAUGUUAAAAUGAGGUGUAGUGACUUUCAGUGUUGUGCGUAAAAACCUCAUGGGACUAUGAGAAUGUUAUAUAAUAUUGCUUAUUUCAUCCUUUCUUGGGAAUUUGACGGGUGAGUGCAAACUACCCAAAGGCUCCACCUGCAGACAUUAAGUGUGUUACUUGGGAGCCAGUGCUGACAAGGGUAUCUAUCUGUUGGCUUCUCUUGGGGAAAUUUCACUUCAUCUCCCAUGCAGGUGGAGUGUUGGGUUGGUUGUGCAGGAGUGAAGGCUGCAAACAGCGUUUAAUUGGUGGAAGCCGUUGUGUAAGGAGCCAGACACAAGAGACGUGGCCUGAUUGGGGUCUCCCUGUCACUGGAUAUGCAGAUGAACCCUA